CUGGAGAAGAGGGACUUCCUCUGUUUGUUAAAUUCACAGCAAUUAUAGCUAUGGUUUUUACGAAAAACUAUCUUAUUUUUUCAUUUGUUAUAUUAUUUUUAGAAGGUUUUGAUGCUUCAACCAAGACUAAACAUACUUCAUGCCGGAGAAUGUUGGAUCAUAUUUUGGAGGAGACAGAAAUGGAGUGCCACGACAAUGACGUCAUCUACGUUGAAAGACAGUUGAUCACAUCAGAAAACGUUAAAGACCUUCGUGUUGUCGAAAAGCCGUGCAAUGGCACAUCGAGAUCUGAAAUCUGCACCCAGUCUUUGCCUCUGAGCGGCUUAGACAGCCAUGACAGUGAUAGAAGUCAAUUUAUCGUAGGGGUAACAUGUAACCUGAAGAAGCGGUGUGUCUUGGAUAAGACAGCACUAAACAAAUCAUUUGAUGCCUUUCAUGGAACUUGUCAAGAAACAAACUUGACAAGGGAAUUUAUAGCUACCAGCUUCACUUAUAGAUGUGUGCCAAGGGAGAAAUUCAUCCACCUGGGGAAAAAUGAAAGUACAUUGAUCAUCACAGAUGUUCACCUUAUUACAGAAGAUCUCGGUGGAAACUUUUCCUGUGAGAUAAAUGGAACAGUACGUCGCCUAUCCUUGCUGGAGUUGUCACUAACACGUUUGGUUAUUUAUAGGGAUGAUGAAACUAUAUACAACAAUACCAGGGACGUGUAUGGUGUAGAUAUCACCCUGCGUAACAGUUCUAGCAAUAACAAAUGGUACAACUUAGACAUCUCAACGGAGAGGAUUGGAAGAACUUGGAUUCAUCUUAAAGGAAAUUUUCAAAUUAGUUGCAAAUCAACAUUUUUAGCUGCGUACACGGGUACGACUGUGGACGCGUUGACGAAUUUUCCUACAGACACCAGACACCCGCAAGGUUCGACAUCAAAGACCAGCCUGCUACUUCUGUUGAUUAUCGGCCUUGUCAUGACCUUGGUGUUGAUGGUUGGACUCUAUACCUUACACAGAAGGAAAGAUCAAAAGAAGCUUGCUGAAUUAACUAAACAAACAGACACAGUUUCAAUUAACUUCAACCACCACGUGAUCGAGACACCUGUCAACAAUGAAGAGGAAGCAGGAAGAAAUAUUUAUUCUGAAAUCUCUUCAACCAGGAGAGAUACUCUGUCGUUCGGAAAUGAUAUACAAAUCUAAACUGAUGACAUAUUAAACAACACUAACGGAAACAGAGGACAGACAGAAAAUGUGAGUGGAAUCUGCAGUGUCCUCCACUAAUGAUAAAAAAGAAAAUGUAUUAGUGGAUGAAUUUUACAUUUAUAAGUAGUAAAUUUUGUAUCAUUA